AUCAUCAUCAAGAAUAGAAGGUAUCAUGGCUUUCAAGAAUAUCUUCGUGGUUCUUUUCGUUGGUACCAUCAUCCAGUUUGCGGCCGGUGCCCAGGAGUGUAGCUUGAGAGAAUCUGUUGGGGCACUUCUUGAAAGCUGUAGUGCGUUGACAGCAACGCAAUGUCCAGAUGGCUGGGAAUGGUCUAAGAAGACCGAUUCCUGUUACUACUAUCUCCAAGCAGAACUGUCGUGGAACAAUGCUAGAACAAACUGCAGGAAUAUGGGAGGAGAUUUGGCUAGUCUGACUAACAGGGAAGAGAUUGGCUUUGUUCAAGACUACAUUCUAUCUAUUAUUGGUUCAGCUUCAUGGAAGAACGUCUGGAUAGGGAUCAUGCGGGACGGUAACAAAUGGCGAUGGUUGGAUGGAAGUGAGCUCGCCAUACCCGCCAAAGCAUUUUGGUAUCCCGGCGAACCAAACAACGCGGGCGGUGGAGAAAACAUCGGGGAGUUGUACGCCUCUGGGCUCAUCAACGACGAAUCUCAAACAAGUAAAACACGACACGCUAUCUGUGAGAUGACGAUGUAAUCAACAAUGGCAUCAACCAGGCAUAGCAUCAACAA